AUGCUCUCACCACCAUCGCCAUCCCCGGCAUCGCAAAGGAAAAACGACGACGACGAUGACGACGAAAAAGGAUUUGAUGAAGGAGUGUUUGCGUGCUGCUACCUUGUCGCGUCUUUGUCCGAACAGCACAAAGGUAAAACGUAUGUUGGUUUUACCGUGAAUCCAAAGAGGAGACUUUUACAACACAAUGGGCAAUACGCGAAUGCUGGAGCGAAGUAUACGAAGAAAUUACGUCCUUGUGAGAUGGUAUUGUGCGUGUACGGUUUCCCAACGAAAACUCAGGCACUCGGCUUCGAAUGGGCUUGGCAAAAUCCAACGACGUCGAGGGCCGUGAAAGACCUGGCGCAGAACAAACUCAAGAUUGGAAGUCGGCAUUCGACAAUUUUGAAUAAAUCUCUUUUAGGGUUGGCCAUGCUGAACUUAUCUCCUUGGAGACAUUUACCGCUCGUCGUUCAUUUUUUCAACGAUACUCACAAGCGCGACGUGCUUGAAAACGCUGAGAAAAAGGAUGUAAAUAUUCCAUCGCACGUUCGAGUUGAAGUCGGAGAGAUGAACGAACUUGACGCGUAUGUGAAGGAACACAAUCCAACAAAAACAUCUAAGAAGAAAAGAAGGAAAAGAGACGACAAUGAUGAUGACGAUGAUGAUUUAGAGAGCGAAGAUUUUUUACCUCUCCAGUCCCAGGACUCGGAUAUUUUCAUGAGCUCGCAGCGUGUCUCGAAACAACAACAUCAACAACAUCAACAACACGUUUGUGAAGUGUGCCUUCGACAAUCAAACAGUACCGAAGGAGGUAAUAAUACCGAUUCAGAGUACGCCGACGAGGAAGAAGUGUGUUGUACGUGCUCUUCAUGUGGUGCGCACGCGCAUUUGGUAUGUUUAGCAGAAAAUUUUUUUAAAUACGGUCGUGAUUUGCAUAGCGACAAAGAGAACCGAGAUGAGGACGCGAUUCAUGAAAGCUAUGAACUGAUUCCGGAAAAGGGACCAUGCCCGCGAUGCGAUAGGGUCCAAAGCUGGGGAGACGUUUUAGCCUCGCGUUCGAGAGGGAAACGCAACGUAGCGCCGAAACAUCGCGCACAAGAUAGUGCUGAUAAAGAGAUGAAUACGGCGGAGAAAAGAGCCCAAAAGCGUGCAAAGAUAAAUUCAUGGACGGAGGAGAUAGAAAUCGAUUCGCUAUCGCCACCAGCGUUCGGUUAA